AUGGGGCUAAAUCGGGGCUUCAAGGCGCAACACAGCUCUUGUCUGCCGAGCGCCGUGAGCGGCGUAAGGACCCACCAAGCACAAAGCUUGCUUAACCUCAAACUCUUCACCAGAAUUGUGUGCACAAUAUCAUCUCCUCAGCUCCUCGUCCUCCUUGGCCUGGCCGCCCUCGCCGCCGCCCGCCCCGAUGAGAUCCUUGACUUCGAGGGCGACGACGCCGAGCACGACCAGGAGGGCGAGCCAGGCAAGGCCGUCACGGGAGAGUACAAGUGGGAGAGCCCCGAGGGCAUCGAGUUCGUGGUGAAGUACAUCGCCGACGACAAGGGCUUCCGCGUCCUCGAGUCCAACGCCGUGCCCUCCGCCGGCGGCGUCCGCGCUGACGGCGAGCAGGCCGACCUCGAGGGGGACGAGGACGACGACGACGAAGACGAAGACGACAAGUUGGAAAUCAAAGAGGCCAAGUAUUUCCUUGGCAACAAGGCCUAG